GAUUCCUGAGCACUUUAGAAAGUGGAAUUAGUCAGUUUCAUGCCUGGCUAAUGCUGAGGUUGGAUUUGGCUGCAGUACUCGAAUGUCACCCAGACAAGCAGAUUCAGGCUGCAACCCCCGUCCUGCCGUGCCAGGCAGCCAUGACGACGGCCAUCCUGGAGCACCUGAGCACCCUGUCGGUCAGCGGGCAGCAGCUGCGCCGCCUGCCCAAGAUCCUGGAGAAUGGGCUUCCCAAGAUGCCUUGCACUGUCCCCGAGACAGAUGUGCCCCAGCUGUUCCGGGAGCCUUACAUCCACACCGGCUACCGCCCCACGGGCCACAGGUGGCGCUACUACUUCCUCAGCCUCUUCCAGAAACACAACGAGGUGGUCAAUGUCUGGACCCACUUGUUGGCGGCCCUGGCCGUCCUCUUGCGAUUCUGGGCCUUUGCCGAGGCCGAGGCCUUGCCCUGGGCCUCUGCCAGCACCCUGCCCCUGCUCAUCUACGUCCUGUCCUCCAUCACUUACCUCCUGUUCAGCGUGCUGGCCCACCUGCUGCAGUCCCAGUCGGAGCUCUCCCACUACACGUUCUACUUCGUGGACUACGUGGGGGUGAGCAUCUACCAGUACGGCAGCGCCCUGGUCCACUUCUUCUACACCUCCGACCAGGGCUGGUAUGAGCACUUCUGGCUCUUCUUCCUGCCAGCAGCUGCCUUCUGUGGCUGGUUGUCUUGCGCUGGCUGUUGUUACGCCAAGUAUCGUUAUCAGAAGCCUUACCCAAUCAUGAAGAAGAUAUGUCAGGUGGUGCCCUCAGGGCUGGCCUUCAUUCUGGACAUUAGCCCCGUGGCCCACCGAGUAGCCCUAUGCCACCUGGCUGGCUGCCAGGAGCAGGCCGCCUGGUACCAUACCCUCCAGAUCCUCUUCUUCCUGGUCAGCGCCUACUUCUUCUCUUGCCCGGUUCCUGAGAAGUACUUCCCUGGUUCCUGUGACAUUGUGGGCCAUGGGCAUCAGCUCUUCCACGUAUUUCUGUCCAUUUGCACGCUUUCCCAGCUGGAGGCCAUCCUCCUGGACUACCAGGGGCGGCAGGAGAUCUUCCUGCAGCGCCACAGUCCCCUGUCUGUCUACGUGGCCUGUCUGUCCUUCUUCUUGUUGACCGCCUGCAGCACCACCACUGCAGCCCUCCUGAGGCGCAAAGUCAAGGCCAGACUAAUGAAGAAAGAGUCCUGAGGCUGGCAGGGUGGGCAAGCUGUGGAGGCACCCCAUUGCGAUUUGGGGGAAAUGUGAUACAAACACAGGAGCUGACCUUUUGUUUUUUAAGAGUUUUCAUGUGUAUUAAUGGCUUUUACAUUAAUACAUAUAUCCAAGGAUAUGCUAUGGCCAUGGCUUUGGGAAGCCAAAGGAUUCAAGAGUUAUGUUGUUAAUAAAUGGAGUGUUCCUUUUCCAUCUGGGUCAUAGCCUUUCAAGACACAGGAAAGGAAGGGACCUUGGCUAAGAUCGUGGGGCACUGAAUUAAGGACCAUAUUCAUGCCUGAAAAUUCAGUAAAAUUCUGACUAAGGCCUCCAGGGGCAAGUCCUGGAGCUGGAGGGGUGAUAAACCUGGACUGGAAAACAAGGAGGUGGCUGGUCCACACCGUAUUGGACCGGCCAUCCUACUAUUGCUGGUCUUUGGCAAUUGAAUAAACUGACCCAAAGACCCAUUUCCUUUGGGUUUCAGAUUGUCCAAGGUGGAGAAUUCAGACUCUUCAAGAUUCAGUGAAACCUUCAGACAAUGACUUAUCCAGUUCAUCUGAUUUCUGAUCUCUCCUCUCUCACCCACUCUAACUCUGACCCUUUUCUCAGGAUGACAUCUCUCUGGCUAUUUCCUCUAAAGUGCUGUUCACUCCCUUCAGACCUUGGUAACAUACAGGAUCGUGAAGUAGUUGCGUGGAUCCAUGUGGCUAUCCAGGAAGCUUAUUCUCAUAUAAUACUAAUGCAGACGGUACUAGAAACUACAGUGCCAAGAGCCACCAGGAGGUCCAGCCAAUAAGCUUGGAUACUGUUUGGCAUCCUAGGACCCACUGUUGUAUACCCGUGGACUGGAGGAUUACUUGAGGUCUGUUACAGCUGCCAGACAGGCCAGAAGAUUUGGGAGUCUUCUACAGAUUUUGGCCAGUGUGUUCAAAAAGCCCCUGGUAGAAUGAAUUGGUUCUAAGGAUCCCUCUAGGGAUCUAAUUAUUUCAAGAGGAACCCAAGGUCCAGCCUUUUAAGUACAUGCCACACCACAAAGGACCCACAUAACUAGCCCAGUUCAGGUUCCUCAGAUAGGCACCUAGCCUCCACUGAGAGCUGAACCCCUUAAAACAGUUAAGCCCCAGGACAGGAAGUGUGUGUGUGCUCUGUGGUUGGUCCCCGGAGGCUCCUUGGAGUAUGAAUGGUGAGUGGGGCACCCUGUAGCUAGAAUGUCCCAUUUCGGACAUCACUGCCCAGCAGCUUCUACGGGGUAAGUGGUACUUGCCAUUGAUGUGUUCUGGCCAUGCAGCCUCCAGAGGACACACCUCGCUCUGGUCCAGUGAAAGAGGCUGCGUUGACAGAGGAGCCGUGGGAGGCUGCGUUUCCUAUCAGUAUAAGGUUCCCAUUUACCGAAAAGGGAAGUGGUUUGUUUUCACUCCACUUUGACAAACAUCUUCUAUUACUAGAUUAUCUUGUUGUCUUCAAAUCUUUGUUUUCUUUCUUUCGCUGAGAGAUGUGUGGGUUUGUGCCUUAUAAAUGGAAAUGUAUGAACACUCCUGAAUAUAUGGCCAUGUGAAAUUUGCGGUUUGGGGUUACUGGGAUUAGAAAGAAAGAAUUUGUUGCUUUUCAACCAGUGGAUGAAGGAUUGUUUAUCAAUCAAAAGACUCUUUCAAUCUGCUUAUUUUGGGCAAAAAAAAGAAGAAGGGGAGGACGAGAAAGAAAAAUAAUCAACUGAAGCUUUCCUAUAAUCUUUAUAUCAAGGAAAUGUAUGGUUUGUCAGCUUUGUAGUUUUCCUAGAUGGGUGCCUCUAUUAAUCCCCAAGUACGUGAACUUCUAUGCUACCCAAGUGUCUUACACAAGCUUCUGGUGUCUAGGCCAAAUCCACCACAAAUAAAGUUAGCAAACUGAA